AUGACAACUUCUAUACCUUCCUCUGGCUCUGACGCUGCCCACAGUUCUGACAACGAUACGGAAUUUACUCAUAGCAGUGCUACGACUUAUGCUUAUUUCGCAGAAGUUCAUGUUCAUUUCUCUUAUCGGGACGGGGAUCUUACAUGGUCCGGCGCUGUAGGACUCGAUGGCGGAUUGUCGGGCGGGAAAAUCAAAGGAGAGGAUGUGAUUUGCGUUACUGAGAAUGAGGGAUCAAAUGGUGCUUUAGGUUACACAAUCUUUAGCCUGUCACCGAUCAAUGGAGGGGUAGAAACGUUCCCCUUUGAGUUAAAGACAAUAUCUGCCACCAACCUUCCCCAGGAGUGUCUUGAAAGUUAUCUUGUGAGGAGUUUGCCAACAUACCUUCGUUCCGCAGAAACUCAAAUAUAUGUUUUGAUAUCGACAUUGUCCGGGACUGGGUUGUCACCAGCCUUUUACGAUGCAGUACUACUCCGGAUUCUCAACUCUAUCGGUUUACCGGAAUCAAGCUACACCUUGAUCAAGACCGACAACGCAGAUUCGGUGAAAGAAUUUGCAAGUUCAAUACUACUAGAUGGUGCCAAUAAGGGAUCAAAACAAUCGAUAUUGAUGUUAAGUGGUGAUGGUGGGAUGGUGGAUACAAUAAAUGGAUUGCUUGAAAGUGGAGAAAGAUCAAGUUUAUACGUCAAACCAACACUAUCUCAACUACCCCUUGGCACGGGCAAUGCCCUCUUCCAUUCUUUGCACCGACCCUCGCCAAUCUCUUCAAUAUAUAUACAAGGUUUAAGGACACUACUUCACGGUACACCUUUGCCACUUCCAAUCUUUAGUGUGAAAUUCUCUUCUGGGGCACGAACUAUAACGAAUGAAGGUCGAACGGAGACACCGCUCACAAACAAUAUUGUCUACGGGGCAGUCGUCGCCAGUUAUGGUCUCCAUGCUACCCUUGUUGCCGACAGCGAUACCGUCGAAUAUCGAAAACAUGGAGACAAGAGAUUCCACCUGGUAGCUGGCGAUUUGCUUUUCCCACAGGACGGAGCUCUACCACAUGCUUAUAGGGCUUCUGUCACUCUGAUGAGAUCUGAUGGUACGGAAGAACUUAUACCAAGAAAAGAACAUGGGUAUAUUCUCUCCUCAUUGGUCUCCAAACUCGAGCGAACUUUCACAAUAUCUCCCGCCAGUAAGCCUCUCGAUGGUCAAUUACGGGUCGUACAUUUCGGGGCUGCAACUGGUAAGCAAACAAUGAAGGUUAUGGAAGAAGCCUACAAAGAAGGAAGUCAUAUCGGCAUGCAUUGGGGUGAAGAUGGUCAGAAGGGUGAGGUAGGAUAUGAGAGUAUCGAGAAACUCAGAAUAGAUUUCGAAGAAUCUGGGGAAGGUUUCAAAUGGAGGAGAUGCUGUGUAGAUGGUUUGAUUGUGGGUGUUGAAGAAGGAGGCUGGAUGGAAGUUGAACGAUUAAAGGGUGAAGGGACUGUUGAUGUUGUAGUUGAUCUGUAA